GCAUUUAAAAGCAGCUCUUUCCUCAGAGAAACACUACAGGAGCUCUUAAAGGAGAAGGUGAAGGUUUGAAGGCAGCAAAACUUGCCUCACUCACUGUGACAUUGGAGCAUCUAUCUUGAGUUGUUGUAGCAGUUUCUACACUAACCAGGGUAGAAAUGAGGCUUCUGUUGGUUGUGUGUCUGCUGAUUGGGAGCAUUACAUGUGUCCCUAUCGCACAAGGGCCAAGUGACCCCAAGCCCCAGUCAUCUCCUGGCUUACCUUGGGAUUCAGGAAGAGUGGAGAGUUCUGGUCUGGGCAGCAGCUCCUUUCCACUGAGCCCAAGCUCUGUUAAUGCACCUCACCCUGCUCCUCUGGAUGCUUCAUACAGUUCUGGCCCAGUUUACAGCGGCCCUGGAGCUUCCUCCAGUGCUGGGGCCUACAGCGGCCCUGGAGCUUCCUCCAGUGCUGGGGCCUACAGCGGCCCUGGAGCUUCCCACAGUGCUGGCCCAGUUUACAGCGGCCCCGGAGCUUCCUCCAGUGCUGUCCCAGUUUACAGCAGCCCCGGAGCUUCCUACAGUGCUGGCCCAGCUUACAGCAGCCCCAGCAUGGCUGGUGGUAGUACAGGAGGCCAUGCUGGUUUUGGAGCUGUCUACGCAAACCCUGAGGCUGGAUAUGGGGCACCUUCUACGGGGUAUGGCAGCAGUGCACCGGGCAGCAGCUAUGGCGGUGGCCUGGCUGGUGGUCAUGAAGGUGUGGGUUCUCACGGGUUUGUCUCUGCUCCUGGAUAUGAGAGCUGGAGCUCUGGAUCUGCAGCAGGCUACGAUGCUGGUAGUGAAGAGCCCCAGCAGGUCUUCAGUGACGUGUCUGAGCUGGAGCCAGUCUAUGCCUUCAGCUCUCGUUCAAGCUACCAGAGAGGAAGAGCAGUGUUUGGCCAAACCCGCUACACUCCAGGAGAGCCUGUUGUCCCACCAAUGCCGAUCUACAGACCCAUCAUCAAAAUCCCUGUACAGCCAAGUGCUCCUGUGAAGCAAAGCCCUCCUGUUAAAGCUCCAACCAAAGGAGGCUACUGAAAGAGCUCUGGUUUGAGUUUGGAGAUGUCCCAUUGCUGCCAAGUCCAUUAAAUAAACUGACUUUACUUAA